AGCGGAUGGCCGGCGGGCGGCCUGGGCAGCCUGGGCUGCUGCGGGCGCCGCCGACAUGACGAGCAAGCGGCGCCGCCUCAGCGCCGUGCUCGACAAACUGGCCGAGCGGCGCGACGACGUGGUGUUCUCGCCGCCGGCCAGCUGCUCGUCGGACUCCUCGUGCUGCGCCGAGUGGCCGGACGGGCCGCUCGACCUGUCGCUGCCGGCGCACGUGUGCUCUUCGUGCGGCCAGGGAUUCGCUCAGCGCGACCGGCUCGCCAAGCACGUGGCAUCCCGCCACGGCCGGCCGCCGGGAGACGGGCGCGCCUACGGCUGCGACGUGUGCGGCCGCUGCUUCGCUCGCAGCGACAUGCUCACUCGACACAUGCGGCUGCACACGGGCCUCAAGCCGUACACGUGCCGCGUGUGCGGCCAGGUGUUCAGCCGAAGUGACCACUUGAGCACGCACCAGCGCACCCACACAGGCGAGAAGCCGUACAAGUGCCCGCUCUGUCCGUACGCCGCCUGCCGCCGCGACAUGAUCACGCGCCACAUGCGCACCCACGCGCGCUACGAGCCACCGGACUCGAGCGGAUCCAGCCCCGACGAUGACACAGGUGCGGCCAAAGAAGAAGAGCCCUGAAGGAUCUCCCCCCGUGCGACUGCUGCUGCUGUGAUAGCGCCCACGAAUAGCCGCUCCAUUCGCUGCUAUUCCGGCCCUGCGCGGCUACCGACCGGUCCUCGAUCGGAUGCAGCCCCGCAGUACAAACCUCCGCCUGUGCCAAAAACAAACGGCGGGCACUUGCUCAACGCGGACUCCCACAGAGCCCUGUGAUCCUCAACACAUUCCCCGCCAAAUCUAUUUAUGAGAGUCCUUAUUUAUGGCCUUUUAGGCACAGUGGCAUUUCAACCACUGAUCUUGAUGUGCCCUUAUAUAAUGCCGCAUGAAUUGGCCUUGUUUUUAUGUGCAGCAUGUUCAAAUGCUUCCAUUACCGGUGUCUGAUGAAAGACAUGUGCCUUACUUACUUGUCGUAUAAAGUUUGCGCAGCCUUCGAAAGAAUGUUUUAUGGGGCAACUGUUAUAAUCGUUUGAUGCACUGCCCGACCCUUUUACUUUACAAUAAAUAUCUUGGUGGACGA